UCGACUUAUCAUUCCUCAGCAGAUCAAUAAUACGAGUUUGAUCUCCAGCGAUGGCUUUCGACGUCGUGAGCCCGGAGGCCAUGUCCACAGAGCAGAUGGUGGAUCUCAAUAAUUCUCCUCCAUUGAAACCGGCGGACAAUCCGUCCUCCGACCCGCUCUCAUCCAUUUCCUCCCUCGCCGACUUCAUCGAUGCCCAUACCGACGAUACGGCUAGUAUGAUCAAUGAGCUCAUGAAUCCAUUCACAUCUCUUGAAGAGUUGGAAAAAGCUCUUGGAUCUCUGUCGACUCGUCUAUCCCUUCUCAGCUCAGACACGUCUUCGGCGCUCGAGCAAUCUAUUCACGACAUCUCACGAACAGUCCCGAGAUUAACAUACGAUCUUCAAUUCAUGAGGGAGUCGGCUACGACCCUGCAAACAUCUCUCUCAAUCGUACAAUCACAAGUAGCUCGUCAAAGACUAAGUGACGACGAGGGCGAUGAGACACACAAAUCCCUGGAAAAGCUCGCCCAUCUCGACAAGCUGAAAACACGGAUGGAAUCUGCUCGAGGCAUCUUGCGCGAAGCUGAAAGCUGGUCGACACUGGAAGGUGAAAUAACCGAAUUCUUCGGUAGCGAGUCCUGGAAUAAAGCUGGAACGAGAUUGGCAGAGGCUUCAAAGAGCAUGGUGGUGUUCCAGAGUACGCCUGGAGAAUAUGAGAGCCGUCGCACGUUGCUUGUGUCAUUACAAAACGAGCUGGAAGGAAAGCUGGCGACUGCGCUGAAUGGCUCGAUCGAAAGGGGGGAUGUGGAGGCAAGCGCAAAGUUGAGGGAGGUGUUCGAACUUAUCGAGCGGGGAGUCGAGUACCAGAACUACUACUUUGUCGCCAAACGGAAAAAAGUCGUUGAUGAAUGGACAGAAGCGACUUCAACCACGACGACAUUUUCUUCAUUCCUGUCCAAAUGGUACGCGAGUCUGUUGGCGACCAUUCAUACGGAGAAGACCCAGAUCCCACUCAUCUUUUCAACUCCGCCUGAUAAAGUCUUGACGGCCUUCCUUCUGUCCUCAUUGAAUCACCUCUCGCCGAGUUUCGAGUCCCGUUUAUCAAGUCUGGCUGAUCAAAAUGGACUGGAUACCCUACCGGAAUUGAUACGAUGCUAUAAGGCUACUGAAGACUUCGUCACGUCGGCGCGUGGCAUCUUGCAGCCUGCCUCAUCUGCUUCUCUCGGUCCCAGAACCCACACCACUGUGUUGCAGGAGACGCCGAGGCGGCCUUCUCCGACUCUGUCAAGGAAGAUAUCAUCGCGAUCAGCCACAGUCUCAUCUGAAGACCCGUUAGUUGUUCCGACAGAAUGGGAGGCUGCAUUAUACGAUCCCUAUCUGGACUUCCAGACCGCUUAUGGUACCUUGGAGAAACGUCAUCUAUCUCUCCUGUCACCGAAGGCUGCUUCGACAUCUGCCAGAGCUUUGACAGAUCAGACGAACACAAUGUUCAGCAUACUCGGCGAAGCGACGAGUCGGUGCGUGGCAUUCACUCAUGGGUACGGAGCUGUUGGUCUGGUCAAAGCCAUGGGCGAGGUUUUGGAGAGAUUCAUGGACGAUAUUCAGCUCGACCCUUCAGGUACCGGUCAAACAACCGAUGAGCUCGACUUUGAGGGUCUGGAUUACUCCACCAAAGACUGGGAAGGCUUUCAGCAUGGUUUGCAUAUCCUUGCGGUAUGUCGUGAUUUGCGAGCCAAGCUGGACACGCAGGAAGGCAAGAUCCACGACAUGUUGCUCCUUUGCGAUUCGCAACCCGAUUCGGCAGCUCGAGCGUUGCUCAGACAAUCGACGUUAAACUCAAUCGAAUACGCAAGUCUGACGGCUGAUCUACCGUUGGAUCCGCCUGCCGUUCAACUCAAGACUGCUCGUCAGGCCCUGAGGUCAUUCACUCGUCGAACUCAAUCCUUCAUCCAAUCCAUCAUCCUCGCCCCGCUUAAAAGCCUUCUGGCCACUUAUCCGACUCUACCGGAGUGGUCAGCGCCAGACAAGGUCCCUCAAAGGGGGGAUCUACCGGUCCCAACCUUCUCCUUAGGUCCUACAGAGACCAUAGCCCGGGUCAGCGAGGGUUUACUGAAUCUCUUGCGGGUAUUCGAAGUGUACGCUGCGGACGAUGCACUAGGGUUCAGUAUCGAAACCUUGCCCUUUGUCGACUCCGAAUCUACCGGCGAUCUAAACGCCGAAGUGGUCUUAUCAACUUGGGUCUCAUCCCUCUCAAUCUCCCUAUUGGCACAUUUGACGGGGACCAUCUUGCCCGGCAUCAGGAAUCUAUCCACGUCGGGAUCUGCUCAGCUGGCGAGUGAUCUAGGAUACUUGAGCAAUGCCGUGAGAGCCUUGGACGUGGAAUGGGAGGAUCUGGAGAAAUGGAGGGAGAAGAUUGAGCCGAAGGAGAAGGAGGCGUCGUCACUAUCAUGAUGACCCUCUGCCCAAAGCACUCUACACACACCGCUAGAUGGUCACUGGCGUUGUAUUCAUAUGACGCAUCUCAUCAUGAUAUAUACAAUGAGAGCCAAAAAUUAGGCGAUUCAUCGGUUACUGGAUUGUUACCCGAAAGUUGCAGUAUCACCACUUUUUUUUGGGCAAGGACCGGGAAAAUGAAUGGGGGCGAGAAAGGGA